CGGCCCUCUGGCCUGCCCACCCUUAGGGCAGCGCGCGCCCCGGACGCAGGAGCGGUCCUCGCCGAGCCGGGCGCGGCCCCCCGCGGGGAGAUGAGCUUCUUCGGCUUCGGGCAGAGCGUGGAGGUGGACAUCCUGCUGAACGAUGCAGAGAGUCGCAAGCGGGCCGAGCACAAGACGGAGGAUGGGAAGAAGGAGAAAUAUUUCCUCUUCUACGACGGGGAGACCGUCUCUGGCAAGGUGAGCCUCGCGCUCAAGAACCCCAACAAGCGGCUGGAGCACCAGGGCAUCAAGAUCGAGUUCAUCGGGCAGAUCGAACUCUACUACGACCGCGGGAACCACCAUGAGUUUGUGUCCCUGGUGAAGGACCUGGCUCGACCCGGAGAAAUCACCCAGUCACAGGCCUUUGACUUUGAGUUCACCCAUGUGGAGAAGCCGUAUGAGUCGUAUACAGGGCAGAAUGUGAAGCUGCGCUAUUUCCUUCGAGCCACCAUUAGCCGCCGCCUCAACGAUGUUGUCAAAGAGAUGGACAUCGUGGUUCACACACUCAGCACAUACCCGGAGCUGAACUCAUCCAUCAAGAUGGAGGUUGGCAUCGAGGACUGCCUGCACAUUGAGUUUGAGUAUAAUAAAUCCAAAUACCACUUGAAAGAUGUCAUCGUAGGGAAGAUAUACUUCCUGCUGGUGAGAAUCAAAAUCAAGCACAUGGAGAUAGACAUCAUCAAGCGGGAGACAACAGGCACCGGCCCCAACGUGUACCACGAGAAUGACACGAUAGCCAAGUAUGAGAUCAUGGACGGGGCGCCGGUGCGAGGAGAGUCCAUCCCGAUCCGGCUCUUCCUAGCAGGGUACGAGCUCACGCCCACCAUGCGGGACAUCAACAAGAAGUUCUCUGUGCGCUAUUACCUCAACCUGGUGCUGAUAGACGAGGAGGAACGGCGCUACUUCAAGCAGCAGGAAGUGGUGUUGUGGCGGAAGGGUGACAUCGUUCGCAAGAGCAUGUCCCACCAGGCAGCCAUUGCCUCACAGCGCUUCGAGGGCACAACCUCCCUAGGUGAGGUGCGGACCCCAGGCCAGCUGUCCGACAACAACAGCAGACAGUAGGCCCCCAGGGCCAGAAGCUGCUGGGCUCCACCCCAGCACCCCCAUCUACUAAACACCAGCGGCUGGGGGAGGGGGAGGACGGUGUGAGACUCAGCUGACUGCUACUUGCAACCCGAAAACAAAUCAUGUUUUUGACUUCA